UCCGGGUUGCCUUUGGUGUAGUACUCAUAAAAGCCGUAGGGUAGCGCUGUAGGUAACCAGCAGCACCUGGAAUCGUCUCUUAUUUGGUCUCGUUGACCAGAGACAGCGGAAGCGUUGUUUAACUCGCACGCUUGAAUCGUGAUCUUUAACGAUAUGCAUAUAUGUCAUGAUGUACAGAUACUGUUUGUAUGUUGCUGAAUCAAGGAACUACAUUUGAGUUGUGACACAUUUAGGCUCCAAAUUAAUAUAUUGACUGAAGCUAUUUUUAACAUCCUACAUGAUCAUGGAUCAAGACUGGGCCAUUCUUCAUGGAUCUUUCCUCCUGGCUGACAAAUUGUGUCUUCCUUCAUCCCUGAGCUCCCUUCAGAAAUGUGACUGGCAAAAGGUGGGCAAUCCAGUCCUGGCAGCUGUGGGGGAAAUCUGUGGCGAGGGAAAUCAUCUCAAAAGCAAGGCCGCCUCCUGGAGGAAAAAGUUAGUUUGUGUCGUGUGGUUGAAGUUGCUGAGCAAGGAGCAUGGUGAAGACAUGGAGGAGGCAUGGAGGGAGAGCCCCUUCUUCCCUCUACAGAACCCCCUCCCAGAGGUCAACUACACUGUUCUGGUAGAACUGCUCAAAUCCUUGUCAGCUGCAGACACAUUUGCUCAUUUUCUGCUGUGUCUUCCACGGCAUCAGCUGUGUUCUGAGCUGGACCAGUUCUCUGAACAUAUGAAGAGCAACCCUGUGGGUGAAGAUGAUGUCCACUUCUUUCUUGAGUUGUGGUGGCAACUGUGGAAAAGCAGAGAAGAUCAGUUGGCUGAGAGACAGGAUGGUAUUGAAGUGUUGUUUGCGCGCCGAGUUGCUCAUCUUACUACUCAACCUGCUAGUUUGACUCAUCACACUGCCAAGAGGAUGAAACUGGACUCAACAGCGUCACCAAACAACACUGACGUCCUAGACAUUCUCCUUCACCUGCUAACAGAUGUGAAAGAUGCCAUAUCUAAACCAGAGCACUGCUCUCAUGCGCUCUCCAAUUGUCUUGAUUCUCUUUACACGACUUUCCUCACGGAUCAAUCAGUCAUCCUUCCAAUCAAAGAUAAGCUGCUCUUCCUGUCCAAAGCCAUGAGCAUCAGAGAGAAGAACAAUGACAAGUUGACUUCAGAGCUUUUACAGGAGGCACAGCGAGACCUCAGAGCAUCUUACACCCCAUCUAAGUUUCAGCCAAGCAGAUUAAGCCUUUUUGAAGCCCUCAAGAGUGCGUCAGAACUCACCCAGUCCUGGCAAAACCAUGACUUGCUGAAAGCGUGUUGCAGCUCUCCUGCCAGCUACGCAGCUUUCAAACUCCAGCAAAGUGUCCACAGAAUGCUUGCGGCUCUCGAAGAAGCUGACAUGACAGGAGAAGAAGAGGUUGAGAAGAAUAAACUCAGAGGAUUGCUGGCAUCACUAACUUUCCCCAUUAUUGAGACUUCCUCUGAGGUUAGUAUGAGAGUUGCCAUGACCAUCAUCAGUCAUCGUCUGGAGGACUACCACGACGUCACAGUGUUGUUUGCCAGUGAGACCAGCUGGCUGGCCUGUGAUGAGCAGCAAUGGCUGGAGUGCCUUGAAAAGAACCAAACAGCAUUCCAGCAGUGCAACACAGUCAUUCAACUGGCUUCCACCCUCUCGAGUCUACUCCAAAGUGAGAACUUUGAUGUGAGCUGGAGCAAGAGGCUGCUCAAAGUUGUCACGGCCGUGUUCACCGCCCUCUCCUUGGAAGACAAGAAUAAAGCUUUGGCCGCCAUUCUGAAAUCAUCCAGCAAGGGUUUCUUUGGAACUUCAGGCGGCUCCGCUCUGAUUGCCAGCUUUGAACGGGAGCUCAACAUGGCUUUCAACUGCAUCAUCCAGGGAGGAGGCGGAGCUUCAACGGCGGAGGGCAACCUCAGCACAGCCGUGUCUUUAGUGGCCAGGAUGGCCUUUCAGAACCCCGAGGCAACAUUGAGAUCCUGCUGCCAUUCUGCCAUCUUCAAUAAAGGGGCCUUCUCCCUCGUGAGUAAGAUCUUGAAGCAGUUGCCCGGCCUUGGAGGUUUGACGCAAUGCAAAGAGGAAAGCGAAGGGAGAAAUCCCACACAUCUACUCUGCAGGUGCCUGCAGGAAGUAGCAAGCGCCAGGUCACUCUCAGAGAAUGAAAAGGAACAGUUCCACAAGUUUGUGGCUCUCUUGAUGGUAGCUACAGGUGAAGGCGAAAAAGAGACCCUUCUGUCACCUCAGGAGCUUGUCAACGUCUUCGUCUUGCCUAAUUUAGCUUGCUCAGGCAAUGGCUCUGUUGAUUUGAAACUCAGCCUUCAACUUCUCCACGCUGCCUUGUGUGUGGAUACCCAGGAAGUAGCCUCUUCCUCAGCCCACUGGGUGUUGGAAUGCUCACCCUUUCCUUUGCUUUUCAUCCUGGCUCAGCUGCAGGACCAGGCUCUCAGGUGUUGGGAGCAACCACUUGGGAGCGCUGUCCACCGUUGGUCCAUGGAAACCAGCGAGCUGCUCACCUCCGUGCUGAUCACACUGGCACAGGUGGUUGGCGCCCAGGUGGAAGCUACCCCAAGUCGCUGGUCCAGAGCUCUGUUCUGGCUCCACGAUAAAAUGAAAGGACUGGACUGGACGGUUUACUUUUACCUGAAACCCGUGUGGGGUGUGCAUUUCAAAAACGAAGUUCCCUCCUCUCUGUUGGCUGUUUGUGAUCUUCCUGAACAGGAGUGGUCGGCUCUGAACCUGCCCCAGUACGGACACGGCACCGGUCUUUUGGCAUGGAUGGAGUGCUGUGCAUUGUCAGAUUCCCUUCAGUCCACCAUGUUGUCUUGUCUGGAUCUGGACCAGCGCCGGUCGGAACACGUCAGCAUGUUCAGUAAGGGCCUGCUGGUGGCGCUGACCCAGACCAUGCCCUGGUGCUCCGUUCCCCAAUGGAGCAGAUUACUUGGCACCUUGAAAGAGCUGAUCACCUCAGGUCGCCUCCAUGUGCCCUUCUCACUGGAGUACGUGGAAUUCCUGCCUCUCCUGGAUUUGAGGCAGUUUUCCUAUGAACUCUGCCUUUCGGUCCUUAUGCUUCGAGUACUACAGCUGCUCUGUGGAUCCAGCUGUUCUCAUUGGCUGUCAGGAGACGGCUGGGCUCAUGUGGCUAGAUUAUAUGCACACACGAUGAGGGAGGUGAUGAACUCGCUGAAAGCCAAAUUAGCCCUACCCGCAUCCGGCGCUCUGACAGGCUCGACUCAAGUACAUGCUGCACAACUCAAAGUCUCAGAAGUAUCCUGUACCCCGGUCAAAACUCCUAAAAUGCCCCAAGACUGUUUGGAAGAUUUAAGUGAAAGUGCACAGAUUCUUGAGCAAGUGCCCAGUCAGGAAGUCCUUUUCGUUCUCAGUCAGAUCUUCUGUCAUGUUCAACACAUCCAGGUGAUGAUGCCAGGAGGCCAGAGUGAACCUCUCUUCCUGUCCAGCCUGGAGAUCCUCAGUCAUUACCAGGCCAUUGCAGGCGCUUUCCCUGAGAGCAGCAGCCCACUGGAGAAUGAGAACAUCAAGCACUUCUUCAACACCAUCACAGACAACCUGGAGAACCAGGAGAUGAAGUCUGUUCUACAGCAGAAGAUAGCUCAACUCGCAUGACCUUGCCUUUUUUUUUUUUCUCACAUGGAAUGGCUUAUUUUUCUAUAGUGCUACUUCUACACAUAUACUGUGGGGAUUUUUUUUUUUAAUUUGGGGUGAAUUAAGAGCAAAUUGGUCACCUUUUUGCAAGUCAUUUGUUGGGAUGACCAUUUGUUUCAAAAGAAAGUAAAAAAAAAAAAAAGUAUGAUAAAAAAAAAUACAAAGGUCACAUAUGAAAGGAAUUCCAUCACCAUUGCAUGCUUUUUUAUUUAAUGCAACAAUUCCACAGCCAUUGAGCCAAGGCACCCAUUGUACAAAUUCCACACACUACCCAUAGAACAUGGCACAAAAACAAAAUCUUAGUAAUGACAUGCUUGUGUCUAUUUUCUUACAGUUCACCUCUGUGAAAAUUUGGCUUCUGUAAUUGGAGACAAAAGCUCAUUAGGAAGCCACAACUUAUUCUGUUGAAUAGAUGCCAAUACACCAGUGUAUUGUACCAGCUGCCAGCAUUUCAAGUCCCUGCAAAUUCAGAGAUUUGUUUCUCAAUACAUUAUAUAGUUUAUUAAUGCCUGAAAAUACAAUAUAAUUAUUUUAACCAUUUAAA